GCCCGCGAGUUACUACCGACCGUGUUCGCGUGCGGCACGGUGAUUAGGCCGUAACGAGAUCCUAGUGUAUUAAUUAACCGGCUAAUUAGAUUUACCCCUACAGUAAAUAGGGAGCGUCCCACCCUGUGUGUCCGUCGUGUCUAUAUAUCACCGCCGUAACCACUAGCGACAGCCGAGCUCCAGGCCAUGGCGCCUGCCGCGUUCGACGCCGAGGCCGGCGGCCCGGCGAUCGUGGCCGCGGCAGGCAACGACGCGCACAAGCCCGCCCCCGGGGCCGGGGCCGACGCCGACGCCGGCGCCGCCUUCGUGCUCGAAUCCAAAGGGACGUGGUGGCACGCGGGUUUCCACCUGACGACGGCGAUCGUGGGGCCGACGGUGCUGACGCUGCCGUACGCGCUGCGGGGGAUGGGCUGGGCUCUCGGCAUCACCACGCUCUCCCUCAUCGCCGCCGUCACCUUCUACGAGUACUCCCUCAUGUCCCGCGUGCUCGACCACUGCGAGGCGCGCGGCCGCAGGCACAUCCGCUUCCGCGAGCUCGCCGCCGACGUCCUCGGCUCCGGCUGGAUGUUUUACUUCGUGGUGAUUGUGCAGACGGCCAUCAAUACAGGGGUUAGCAUCGGUUCCAUCUUGCUGGCGGCCGAUUGCAUCGAGAUCAUGUAUUCGAGCCUUGCUCCCGAUGGUCCCCUAAAACUGUACCACUUCAUCAUCAUCGUGGCUGUGGUGCUGGCCUUCCUCUCCCAACUACCAUCGUUCCACUCGCUGCGGCACAUCAACUUGGUCUCACUACUCCUAAGCUUGGGCUACACCAUCCUUGUGUCUGCUGCUUGCAUUCGUGCAGGUUUGUCGAAAAACGCUCCAGCCAAGGACUACUCUCUAAGCUCAUCCAAGUCAGAGCAGACCUUCAAUGCCUUCCUCUCCAUUUCCAUCCUGGCAUCUGUUUUCGGCAAUGGCAUACUGCCUGAAAUCCAGGCUACCUUGGCGCCGCCGGCCGCCGGAAAGAUGAUGAAGGCUCUGGUGAUGUGCUACUCCGUCAUAGGCUUCACCUUCUACCUCCCGUCGAUCACCGGGUACUGGGCGUUCGGCAGCCAGGUCCAGUCCAACGUCCUCAAGAGCCUCAUGCCGGACUCGGGGCCGGCCCUCGCGCCGACUUGGCUGCUGGGCCUCGCCGUUCUCUUCGUCCUCCUCCAGCUCCUAGCCAUCGGCCUCGUGUACUCCCAGGUGGCAUACGAGAUCAUGGAGAAGAACUCAGCGGACGCGACGCAGGGCAAGUUCUCGCGCCGGAACCUGGUGCCCCGGCUGCUGCUGCGGACGCUUUACCUGGCCUUCUGCGCGCUCAUGGCCGCCAUGCUGCCCUUCUUUGGUGACAUUGUCGGCGUGGUCGGCGCCGUAGGGUUCAUUCCACUCGACUUUGUCCUCCCCGUCAUCAUGUACAACAUCGCGCUUGCGCCGCCGAGGAGGUCCACGCUGUACAUCGCCAACACGGUCAUCAUGGUCGUCUUCACUGGCGUCGGGGCCAUCGGCGCCUUCGCCUCUAUACGGAAGCUCGUGCUAGACGCCGGCCAGUUUAAACUCUUCAGCAACAACGUAGUCGACUGAAGUACGCACAACUAUGUAGAGUCUAGUUUGUUAGGUGAUUAGCCCUUGAUUUCUUGAGGUAUAGGCGUAUAGCUCAGUAAUUAAGCUUUGUUCCUCCCCUUUUACAUAUAGGAGUAGUAGUUAUUAAUUUACACGUACGCACGCAUGCAUCCGUCCAGUGUACACCAGCAUAGUACCCCUUCGUUACAUAAUGUAGUAAUGUAGUGUAUCCAGAUCCACUAUACUAAACAUAUAAAAUAUGAAAAUAUGUCUCGUGAUAUAUC